CCGGCCACGGCUGGGGGGCAGCAAAAUGGACCGCCCGUGUGCCAAAACUGCGCGACAUCGACCACCCCUCUCUGGCGUCGCGACGAAUCCGGCUCGGUCCUCUGCAACGCCUGCGGCCUCUUCCUCAAACUCCACGGCCGUCCACGACCCAUCCACCUCAAAACCGAUGUCAUCAAAUCCCGCAAUCGCGUCAAGACCUCGCAGCAUAGGAAGCAGGAGAGUGCAGAUGGACAACCGGCCAGACCGCUCCCUCCGAACGGGUAUGCCGCAGCACAUCCGGAUGUUGCUAGCGCGGGUGGGAUGAACGCACUUCACAUGCACGGCGUAAAUGGCAAUGACAACAACGGAGUGGCACAACAUAACCCCAACAUCGCCCCUCAACACAUCUUCGACACCGUCUCUUUGACUGGUGGCGACUUCGCUUUACGCCAACCCAGUCCCUCGGCGGCAUCCAUGAACGGUGCAUCGGGACAGCUAGACACCCCACAAUCUUACGACUCUGUACAAGCGCAGAACGCACAUCUGCGAACGCGGGUCAGCGAGCUCGAAGUCAUCAACGAUCUCUUCCGUGGCCGGAUAGCGGAGCUCGAACAAGCCGAGCACGAGAUGCGACGGCUGGAGGAACACAAGGCAGAGGAGACACGGCGGCAACUCAACGCGGCGAAUGGCAAAGUAGACGAAUUGCAAGCGAGGAUCGCAGAGCUGGAG